AUGCAUCCCCAGCUGAAAUCCUCUGCCUCAAUGGGCAAGAACAAGAAUUCCCGGACAGGAUUUCCAACCUCACCCCAGCCUGAAAUUGUUGAAGAAAUAACUCAUUCCACUCACUCAAAACACCCCUUGAAAAAAGUCGAUUUGCCUGACCUCUUUACAUGCACCGGCUGCAAGGAGUAUGGAUCUGGCAAGAGAUAUGCAUGCCAGCAAUGUGAUUUUCAGCUCCACGAUUUCUGCGCAUCAUUGCCUUCACUGUUACAAAACCAUCCCCUCCACGGCCAACACCAGCUCGUGUUCCAUGCUAAACCAAAACAAGCAAACGCUGGAAUUUCAUGGCCAAAGUGUGAUGUCUGUAACAAAUCAACCAAAGGGUUUACUUUCAGAUGCAGGGCUUGCAGCUUCCAGAUGCACCCGUGCUGCGCAAAGCUUUCGACUGAAAUGAACUUUUCUGUGCAUCCACACACAUUGAAACUGUUACCACCAGUGAAUACAUCCUCAUCAGGUUCAGAUACUGGGAUUCCUUGCAGUGAGUGCAAGAAGGGGAGGUCAGGUCGAAUGUAUCGUUGCAAGGUUUGCGAUUACCAUCUCCAUGCAGUUUGUGCAAAGGAUUUGAUUAAUGGACUCCACGACAACGGUAUCCCUCACCCGGAAAAGCCGAACACGGUCGGAAAUACCGUCUUGAUUGCUUCGAAAGUCUUUAUUAAAUUCGUAGGAGGGUUUAUUGAGGGAGCUGGAAAUGGUGUGGGUGAAUACCUUGUAGACAGUAUCACAAGAGGGAGGCGCAGCAGAAGAUUAAGAACGGAAAAUAAUUGA